AUUCCCGGCCUUACAUCCGCUCGUUGCAGUCUACUUUCGCGUCCUUUGCAGCAUUAUUAUUUGUGGGUAGCCAACGCGUGCCUCUACCUAGUGUCUAAGCUACUCGCAUUAUUUCCUGCCUUUCUCUAAGCCAUGGCAUCAAAAGCAGCAGUAGCCGCGGUUGACUUUACCCGCAUUUACUCGACACUUGGGCUCGGAAAAGAUACCAUCGCUGCUCUGCAGGCAUUCCGCAAACGGCACGGGGAUGCUCAACGCAUCCAGUCGCAAUAUGCAUCUCAACCCACGACCGUUGACCUCGCACACUACCGCUCUGUGCUGAAGAACACUGCAAUCGUCGACGAGGCUGAGAAACUGUUGAAAGAUUUCAAGGUUGUUACGUACGACGUGAAUGCCCACGUCAAAGCUAUCGAAACUUUUGAGGCUAAAGCGGUUGAGAAAGCCCAAGCGACUGCUGCCCAGAUUGACGUGGAACUGAAGGAGUUACAAGCAACGCUCGCUAACAUCGAAGAGGCUCGUCCGUUCGAAGACUUGACGGUGGAGGAUGUCGGCAAUGCCCACCCACGGAUACUGGAAGCCGUCGAGACCAUGGUCAAGAAGGGCAAAUGGACUGUACCGGGUUACAAAGAGAAGUUCGGCGACCUUUCGUUGAUGUGAGGUAUUGCUGUAACCUACAUAGAGCAUUGCACCGCAUUCCCUGUCCUGAUCGCAUCCUGAAUUCUAUAUAUGCUGGACAGACUAUACCUGUUCUGGUGCUCGUUCAUAAAACCUAAGUUGUUUAUCUGGAUUCUGGGCUUCUACUAGUAGUAGUACUAGUUAAGAUUUAGAGUUGCCCAAGUGCGGGGAAAUGAUAAACGAAGUUGAUUGGCUGACU